AUGGACGACAUCUUCAUCCUGCAUAGGCCGUUGAUUCAACGUUUAUAUCAGGAGGAGAGAAAGACACUCAAGGAGGUGAAGGAAAUCCUAGAAAGGGAUCACCAAUUCCCUUCAUUACCCAUCUCCAUCUAUGAGACACGGCUGCGAAAUCACCUGGGAGUGCGCAAGAAAUUCAAGAAAAGUGACUGGUCGGUCAUUUAUCAGCAUCACCUAAAGACCAAGAGAGAGACAUCCUGA